CCGAGCCAGGCGAGGCUCGGUGAGUCACAGCCGCACAGUAAAUAUUUGUAUUAGCCGGAGCCGGCUCGCUAAUGGUGGACGCGUGAGGCGGAGGAGAGCGGCGGCGGGAGGCAGCGGGCAGCACGGCGGCGGCGCCAUGUCCGUGAACAUGGACGAGCUCAAGCACCAGGUCAUGAUCAACCAGUUCGUGCUGACGGCGGGCUGCGCGGCCGACCAGGCGAAGCAGCUGCUGCAGGCGGCCCACUGGCAGUUCGAGACGGCCCUCAGCGCCUUUUUCCAGGAGACCAACAUCCCCUAUAGCCACCACCACCACCAGAUGAUGUGCACUCCUGCCAACACCCCCGCCACGCCCCCCAACUUCCCCGAUGCCCUCACCAUGUUCUCCCGUCUCAAGGCUUCCGAGAGUUUCCACGGUGGCGGCAGUGGCAGCCCAAUGGCCGCCACGGCCACGUCCCCCCCGCCGCACUUCCCCCACGCCGCCACCGGCAGCUUCGCGGCACCCAGCUGGCCGACCGCGGCCUCGCCCCCAGGGGGGCCACAGCACCACCAGCCACAGCAGCCGCCCCUGUGGACUCCGGCACCCCCUUCCCCAGCGUCAGACUGGCCGCCCUUGGCCCCCCAACAGGCCGCCUCAGAACCGAGGGCCCACCCCGCCAUGGAGGCCGAGAGAUAAGGGAGGCCCCUCCCCCCUCCCGGAGGCCAGGACCCUGUGGGGCGGGGGAGAGGAUGUCUCCGCGGGCCCCCUUCACCCUCCUCUGUCUGCACCCCCGUUCCCCGGAGCCCUGGAGGGGAGAGACCGGACCCUGGUGCCAGCACACAGGCCGCCCGCGCGCGAACACGGAGGCGCAGGCCCGCGGCACCCAGCUUGCAUGGAUGUGGUUCAGAGUCGUCUUGGUGCUGGUGGACGGAACUUCAGAGAACAAGCGGCCUUCCCCAGAGGACUCGCUCGCCCUGCCCCACCCCAGGGGGCUGCGGAGAAUCGCCACAGCAGCGGAGACUUGGCUGGCUCCUGCCUUGGAGCUCCUUGGGGGCCAGCAGGCCUAGAUCCCCACCCUCGGGAAUGCAGAGCCUUCUCCGCAUGUGUGUGUGUAGCUGUGUAUGUAUUUAUAUGUAUGUCGCUCCUCAAGACGCAACCUAGUUUACGGGGCAGCUGGACUUUGCAUGUUAGAGUGAGCCCCCAAACCCCUUGCCCGCCACCCCUCUCCCCAGGGCCCCGCCCCUCUCUCCCACCCCCUUUUCAGCCAGCCUUGCUGUUCCCUGCAGAGAAAAGAAUUGUGGGAAACUCCAGGACUCUUCCCACCCAUUCCCCAGCGCUUGCCUGCUGGGGCUGCCUGCAUGCCUCCCCCAGAGCCCGGGGGUACCUCACACCCUUUCCCUUCCCCCUUUUAACAAAAGAGAAGAAAAGAGUUCAAACUACCACCAGGCUUUGUGGUCUUGCCUCGUAUCCUAAGCUUUGCUGCCAGCUGGCUCCAUGUGGAGAGGCAGGGCACUGACAGAGCCCAGACCCCCCCCCCCCCCCCCCCCCCCAGUCCUGCCUGGCUCCACACUGCUGCUGUCUCUUGCUGUCUUUUCAACCAUAACGUGGCUCUGGAAUCUUCCUGCCCAUCCAAGGUUCUUCCCAGGAAGUUCAUUUCUGGCCAGUGUUCCCAGAAUCCCAGCCCUCCUGCCCAUCCUUCCCCUGUCCGGCUGGACUGAUCCUGACCUCCAGGGCUAACAACUCCUUCCAGUCUGCUUGGGUUUCACAUAAGGACCUUUUUUUUGUGUGUCUUUAGGGCCCCAAGGGCUGGCUGCAGGCUGCAGGCUGGACACUCCAAGCCCAACCUCCAGCAAACAUGCCUGGUAGGGCAGGGCCCUCCCCUGGGGAGCCGCAGACCACAGCGCCCGUGGUCAGAUAGCAGGCUUCUGCGCAGAGCCAGUGGGGGCUCGUGACAGGAACAGGACAAGCCCAGGGCAGAGUCCAACCUGCAACUCAGACCUUUUGUCACUAAGGAGACCGGCAAACCAGGGAGAGCAGAUGGGAUCCCGGGCUGCUCCUGAGCUGGGCUGGGACAGACACCUGCUCUCACCCCAAGGGAGAAGCCAGGGAUGCCCCACUCUGUCCCCUCCCCCUCGCCCCACAGCUGCCCACGCUGGGGGAUACGGUUCCCAGGGCAGCCUCAGCCUCGCACCCCUUGUGAGGGACUGGGCUUUGGGGAAGGAGGGAGGCCACGGUCUCUGCCCAAUCCUCAGUAGAGGCAGAUCUCACUCCCUAACCUAGGAUGGCCCACCUGGCGCCCAGCCCCUCAGGUGCCCCCUUCUGCGGAUGAUGACUGGGUUGGAGAGUGUCUUCGGUUGCAGAAGGUCUCCUGUUUGAUGUCUCUGCACUCCUCACCGCAGUCCUGCCCUUGCGCCCAGGGAUGAGGAUGCUCCUGUGCUGGUGUCGCCACUGCUGCUCCCUGGCCUCCCCAGCUUUGUCUCCACCCUGCUGGACCCUGGACAGGCUCCUGGUUGACUGUACCCUCUGGGUGUCACUGAAGACUGACCACUGGGCCCCCGCCCAAGCUGCUGCUUAGGUCUCGGAGUUGUGUCCUCAUCUUGAAACCCACCCUUCUAAGGGCCUUCCUCUUGAAGUCCAGAGGCGGGGGCACAGCUGUUUCUGGGGUGCGUGUGGGGAGGGUAGGGAGGGGCGGGAUGGAUAAGAGCGAGGACAUCUUGGGCCCUCCUGAAUCUUCGCUACCACUGCUGCUCCGUUCUUUUUGAUGAGGGAAAAUUCUCAGAUAACUGCCACACCCCCCUCAAGUGGUGGGAGAAAUGCAGAGACAAGUAUGUGUUUGUGGGUUACCUGCUGCGGAGGGGUGAGUGCGCCUGGGCUGCCCCAGGGAAUGAUGACUGUGUCAGAGGCACCAGAGAGCCAGGGCUCCAUCUAGAAUUCGCACUCCUGGAGACUUAGGAGGCUCUACCCUGGGCGGCUACGCAGUCUGGUCCCCAGACCAGCAGCACCACCUGGGAGAUUGUUAGAGGUGCAGGACCUCGAGCUCCACGUUGAGAAAUGUUCCUCCACGACAUCUCUACUCAGUGCUGAUCUAUUGGAGGUGAGGUGCAUUUUUCUGUUCCUGGGGGACUGCCAUGGGCUGUGCCUGGAGGUCGCAGGUGGUCACCUCAGGCCAGAAAGGACUGGGAGUUCCUGUAGGCCGUGGCUUUCCAACCUGGGCACCGUGGACAUUUGGGGCUGGCUCACUGUCUGCUGGGGGUGUCUUGUGCCCUGUGGGAUAUUGACCAGCAUUUUGGCCUCUACCCGCUAGACGCCAGCAGCAUCUCCCAGUUGUGACAACCAAAAACGUCUGUAGACAUGGCAGAAUGUCUCCUAGACCUGUGGUUCCCAUGGUUGGCUGCACAGUAGAGCCUCCUGGGAGCUCCGUAAAAAGACAAACCAUAGACUCCCAGACCCCACGGCAUCAGAGUCUCGGGGGGGAAGGCUCGACGGUAUAAUUUUAAACAUUCCCCAGGCUAUUGGUUGAUCGGCUUGGGAAUAAAAAUUACUUAAUCGUACAUGUUGAAAGGGUGAACUUAACAGAGCGUCACAGCUGUUACUAAAACAGCUCUCAGGUGAUUGGGAUGCGGAGCCUCAGCGCGCCCCCCCUCACAGCAACUGGGAGCCACCAGCCUUGUGACCCCCAAGUUUGUGGGGCGUGAAGGUCCCCUGGGUGCUUGAGACAACUGUUCUGGAGGAGAGCCCAGGAGUUUGAUUCUCCCUAAGUGCCUCAGCCAAGGUGGGUACCUGGACAGGAGGGGGCAGAGAGCAGGGUUGGAGCUAGGGCCGGGGGCUCUAGUACUUUCCAGCAAUGCAGAGGCCCUGCCAGGUGUGCCAGGAUCCCCUGGUCUGAACAUCCCCCCGGGCAAGGGAAAGGCUGUAAAAGUGGGCCAAACUCAAAGGGAAGCCAGAGGUGGGAACAGAGAACCUGGAACCUUCUUCAACUUUCCCAAGCCUGGAAGCUCAGAAGCAAAGUCGAACGAGUCCGUAACCGUCUGUUAACAUGUUCAAAGUGUAAGUUGGCUGAAAAGCAAAGGUACUGGGUGCAUGAGUGGAAGGGAACAGACACGGCCAUCCUUGGCUGUCCACCUUGGCACCUCCUUGGACCUGGCCUUGUCACCUAAAAGCCCAGCGUCUUCUGGGCAUGGUCACCCCCUACCUGCCUGCCAGACUUGAGCUCAAAUGACUGUUUCCAAAGUUCUGCUCUAAAAAACCCUGUCUGCAUCCUUGAAGUUGCUUGAAAGGACAAUUUGAGCUCCGAGUAUCUCAUUCCUGAAGAGUGGACGUGGCAGCACGUGGGAUGGUCUAGCCUCCCCAGGUGAUGAGCAGUGGGUGCAUCUUUCCGGUCUGCCGUUAAAGCGCCUGGGCAUGCUAAUUUGGGGCUUUGCAAACCCAUAGUCCCCUGACAUGUGCAGCUUGGCUCAAACGAUGCUCCAUCUCUCUCAGGAUGGCCUGCCGACAUUUAAUCACUGGAGUCUGCACAAAAAGUCUCACUUCUGGCCGAUCUUGGAAAUAAACAGCUGGCCCGGGUUCCCGCGAGGUCACAACGGGCUGAAGCUGACCAUCAGAGGGGGGACCCAGCCAGCCUGCCUGUCGUCAGUCAGCCCCCUCCACUGGCCACAGACGUGUGUCCAGUUCCUGUCUCCAAAUCGGGAUCUGGAGGGGAUCUUGUUUUUCACCAGGAAGAGCUUCAGAAGUAAAAGCCCUGCUCCGCGGGGACGGAGGGGGGCACCUGGUAGAUGGAGACGCUAAAACGCUUUCUGUGGGCAGGCAGGGCUCCUCCUUGAGACAGCUGAAAAAAGGGGCUUGUUCUUCGGAUUCUCUCGGAUGAAAGGGAUGUUCCCGGGGUCUUCCCGGGGUUCUCUAAGAACACGUUGUGGCCGGCCGCAGGAAAGCAUGCUGUCCCCAAGGCCGGCCCCCGAGCCCGGCAGUGGGCAGGGCUGCCACGGCCCUGGAGGUCUCUGAGGGGGCGUUUACAUCAGGACUCCUCUGAGGACAGAUGA